AUGUCAUCCCUGUUCCACAGAAAAUCCCCUCUCGAGCCCGUGGAACCCAGCCACAAACUCACUCCGCCGCCUCCCCCUUUAACAAAAGCGGAAGAAAAACAACUUGAUAAAGAAAUUGAAGCCCUGUACAACUCUCACGCCAAACUUCUCUCCGAAAGAUUCUUUGGAAUCGCCGAGGAACAUCUCAGGCAAUUCCCAUUUUCUUUCAACAACAGCAAAAUGAAAAGACUUCAAGAGGAACAUAAAAAGAGGACUUUGGAGAUCUUGAAGGAGCAUAGGGCUAAUGAGAAUGAGGGUCUUGUAGGUGAGUGUAUGUAUUGGGCGAAUGGGGAGCUUAAACAUCGUAUGGCCAAGGUGUAUGCGGUGAAGGGGGGGUCGAUCAGUGGUGGUUGUGAUUUUUAG